AUGGCGCCAACACAAGGUCUUCUCCGGCCUCACGACAAGAACGAGAAAUUUGGCACCAAAACCCGUUUACCAGACACUUACAACCCUCUCUAUUCCUACCGGUUACCGCGCGGGGAGACCAAGCAAUACCUUCAACAAUAUGGCGACAUGUACUUCUUGCGGCUAGCCAAGUUGAAGCCCGUGGUGGAAAAGAUUGCCGAAGCAGAUUGGGAAGACUUUGAGAUCGCCGGGGAGCAUGCGCAGAGGGUCGAUAGAGUCUUGGAUGUGCGACAAGGCCAGCUAUGUUGGGUCGUGGGAACAGUCUACCUCGACAUGGCUCUAAAACCCAACAUCCUCGAAGACAUAUCCAGAGAGCACUGGAUCGCUGGCCCACCUCCGAGGAAAUCCUACUUCUCUCAAGAUGGCGAGACACAGAUCAUGUUGGAGGAUGAAUCUGGGAGAUUACGACUGUCGGGCGCAAUGCUUAAAAACACAUUACUCGUCACCGGUGUCAUUAUAGCCGUCCUCGGAACAGAGAAUGCCAACGGUGACUUCGAUGUCCUUGACAUCCACAUCCCAGAACUACCUCGCCAGCCCAACCGUGGCGAGCGAGACGAAGAAGAGGAUGAGGAAUCCAAGAUGGACCUCGACAACCAACCCCGGAAGAAAAUUGCGCUGGUCAGCGGCCUCAACAUCUCCGGCACCUCGGCCGACACACUACAACUCUCACUGCUCUCCGAAUUCCUCCUGGGAGAAUCCCUCGACACAAUCGACCAAGAAUCCUCGGCACAAAUCACACGGCUCGUCAUCGCGGGCAACUCCAUCGCCGCAGACGCCAUCAUCAGCAACGCAUCCAACCAGCAAAGCGACAAAGCCACAUCGACGCACCACGCCAACAAGAAAUACGGCUACGACGCGUCCUCGUACAAUCCCAUCCCAACACAACUCCUGGACGCCUUCCUAUCCGAACUCCUCCCCACCGUCCCGAUAACCAUCAUGUCCGGAGAACAAGACCCGGCCAACACGUCUCUCCCACAACAACCCAUCCACCCCGCCAUCUUCCCGCAUUCCCGUGCCUACAGUUCCACGACCACCAUCACCUCCCUCGACACGAUCCCCACAUCAAACACCCAACCAGGCUGGUUUGACUCGGUGACGAACCCCUGGGACGGCGACAUCAGCGGCUGGCGGUUCAUGGGCAACUCCGGACAGCCGGUCGACGACAUCCUGAAGUACGUGGACCUGGGGGGCCCGGACGGCAGCGGCGCCGACGGCCGCCUCGAGGUCAUGGAGAGCAUGCUGCGCUGGCGGUGCGGCGCCCCAACCGCCCCGGACACGCUGCACUGCUACCCGUUCCAGGAGCGCGACCAGUUCGUCAUCGAUGCGUGCCCGCACGUUUUCUUCGUCGGCAAUCAGCCCCGGUUUGACACGGCCGUCAUCGAUGGGCCCGGUGGGCAGACGGUGAGACUCGUCGCCGUGCCGAGUUUUAGCGUCACGGGCGAGUUGGUGUUGGUGGAUGCCGAGACGUUGGAGGUCGAGGUCGUGAGGUUUGAUGUUGAUGAUGGGUAG